AUGGGAAGCAAGAGCCUGCUCUCGAGCAUCCUCCUGUUUGCUGUGUUAAUGUCUGGUAGAGGCGAGCAUCAGCGAAGCUGCCAGGAUGUUCUGAAAGUUUUCCAGCUGAGGAAGAUCGGGGCCAUCAAGGGGUUCCCGGAGACCCCCCGAGCAGGGACUGAUCUUCAGGUUUGCACUUCUAAAAACCCAACAUGCUGUACCAAAAAGAUGGAAGAGAGAUAUCAGAUUGCAGCAAAGCAGGAUAUACAGGAAGUGCUUCAAGCAUCAAGCUCUGCUUUAAAGUUUUUAAUAUCCCAUAAUGCAGCUGCUUUUCAAGAAACCUUUGAAAUGCUUAUCAAACAGGCUGAGAAUUAUACAAGAACAUUUUUCUGCAACACAUAUAGAAACAUGGCUGUUGAGGCUGCGACAUCUGUUCAGGAGUUUUUUACGGAUGUGGGACUCUUUGUAUUUGGCACAGAUAUUAGCACAGAAGAAUUUGUCAACAGAUUUUUUGACACACUGUUUCCAGUCAUCUACAAUCAUCUGAUUAAUCCUGGCAUGACUGACAUUUCACUGGAAUAUUCAGAAUGCAUUCGAAUUGCAAGAAGAGAAAUCAACCCAUUUGGUAACAUUCCAAAAAUAGUCAUGGGGCAAAUGGGAAGAUCAUUAUUACCUAGUCGUACUUUCUUGCAGGCCCUCAAUUUAGGGGUUGAAGUGAUAAAUACAACAGAUCAUUUACAUUUUUCUAAAGAAUGCAGCAGAGCCCUAUUAAGAAUGCAAUAUUGUCCACACUGUCAAGGACUGAUUUUAAGUAAGCCUUGUAUGGGAUACUGCCUCAAUGUUAUUAGAGGCUGCCUAGCGAACAUGGCAGAAAUUGACCUUCACUGGCGGGGUUAUAUUGGUUCAUUGGAAGAAUUAUCCAGUGCCAUGUAUGGGACAUAUGACAUUAAAUAUGUACUUCUGAACUUUCAUUCACUUAUUAAUGAUGCUCUUAUGCAAGCUCACAUCAGUGGACCAAAAUUAUCUGAACAGGUAACCAAAGUAUGUGGCCAUCCUGUGAGAAAGCCUACACAGUCCCCAAGUUGUUCUCUUGAUCAGAACAAAGAUAAUCAAGGGCUGAAGGUGUUCUCAAGAGACAGUGAAGAAACACUUGCCAGCAGAAGAAAAGACUUUAUCAAUAGCCUUCGACUGUAUAGGACAUUCUAUGGAGGCCUGGCUGAUCAGCUGUGUAUUAAUGAGCUAGCAGCUGCUGAUGGGCUACCUUGUUGGAAUGGAGAAGAUGUUGUAAAAAG